CCACCGCCGCUCCGGGUUUUUUUUUUUUUCUGCACCCCCCUCCCCUUCACCCUGCUCCUCCCGUCCUUUCUCUCCUGCAACUUGCAAAAGUUUCUCCCCCCGCCCUUGUUGGUUUUUUGGUUUGGUUUUUGGGUUUUUGUUUUGUUUUUUUGACUUAGAGGGGUAGGGAAAAAUAAUAAAAAAACUUUUGCAAACUUUUUCCAGCUUUCUCCCUCCUCUCCCCAGCCAGGCUUCACGCUGGUGGAGACUUCGUUUCUCCCAGUUUUACUUUUUAAACCCUUCCCUGCCCCUUAGCCACCUGACUUUUUUUUUUUCCCCCAAAUUUUUUCAUCCCCUGUCCCCCCCCUACCACUUUCUCGCAUGAAUCUCCUAGACCCCUUCAUGAAAAUGACGGAAGAGCAGGACAAAUGUAUCUCCGACGCCCCCAGCCCCACCAUGUCGGAUGACUCCGCCGGGUCCCCCUGCCCCUCUGGAUCCGGCUCGGACACGGAGAACACCAGACCCCAAGAAAACACCUUCCCCAAGGGUGACCCGGACCUGAAGAAGGAGAGCGACGAGGACAAGUUCCCGGUGUGCAUCCGAGAGGCGGUGAGCCAAGUGCUCAAGGGCUACGACUGGACCCUGGUCCCCAUGCCGGUCCGGGUGAACGGAUCCAGCAAAAAUAAGCCCCACGUGAAGAGACCCAUGAACGCGUUCAUGGUGUGGGCACAGGCGGCCCGGAGGAAGCUGGCUGACCAGUACCCGCAUCUGCACAACGCGGAGCUCAGCAAAACCCUGGGCAAGCUCUGGAGGCUGCUGAACGAGAGCGAGAAGCGUCCCUUCGUGGAGGAGGCCGAGCGGCUGCGGGUGCAGCACAAGAAGGACCAUCCCGACUACAAGUACCAGCCGCGGCGGAGAAAGUCGGUGAAGAACGGGCAGUCGGAGCAGGAGGAGGGCUCCGAGCAAACCCACAUCUCCCCCAACGCCAUCUUCAAGGCGCUGCAGGCGGAUUCCCCGCAGUCGUCCUCCAGCAUCAGCGAGGUGCACUCCCCCGGGGAGCACUCGGGGCAAUCGCAGGGCCCCCCCACACCCCCCACCACCCCCAAGACGGACACGCAGCCGGGCAAGCAGGACCUGAAGCGGGAGGGCCGCCCUCUGCAAGAAGGCGGCCGGCAGCCGCCCCACAUUGACUUCCGAGACGUGGACAUCGGCGAGCUCAGCAGUGACGUCAUCUCCAACAUCGAGACUUUCGACGUCAACGAGUUCGAUCAGUACCUCCCCCCCAACGGCCACCCGGGGGUCCCGGCCACCCACGGGCAGCCCGGCCAGGUCACCUACACCGGCAGCUACGGCAUCAGCAGCACGUCGGGCUCGCAAGCCGGGGCCGGCCACGUCUGGAUGUCCAAGCAGCAGCCGCAGCCGCCGCCGCAGCCCCCGCCACAGCCCCAGCCGCAGCACGGGCUGCCGGCGCUGAGCGGCGAGCAGGGCCAGGCGCAGCAGAGGACGCACAUCAAGACGGAGCAGCUCAGCCCUAGCCACUACAGCGAGCAGCAGCAGCACUCCCCGCAGCAGAUCAACUACAGCUCCUUCAACCUCCAGCACUACAGCUCCUCCUACCCCACCAUCACCCGCUCCCAGUACGACUACACCGACCACCAGAACUCCAGCUCCUACUACAGCCACGCCGCCGGCCAGAGCAGCAGCCUCUACUCCACCUUCACCUACAUGAACCCCACGCAGCGCCCCAUGUACACCCCCAUUGCAGACACUUCUGGGGUCCCCUCCAUCCCCCAGACCCACAGCCCACAGCACUGGGAACAGCCUGUCUACACACAGCUCACCAGACCCUAA